AUGGCCGAGGGCAAGGCUGGUGGCGGCGCUGCAGGCCUCUUCGCCAAGCAGAUGCAGAAGAAGUUCAGCAGGGCCCAGGAGAAGGUACUGCAAAAGUUGGGAAAAACUGUGGAAACCAAAGAUGAACGGUUUGAACAAAGUGCCAACAACUUCUACCAGCAACAGGCAGAAGGCCACAAGCUAUACAAGGACCUGAAGAACUUCCUUAGUGCAGUCAAAGUGAUGCAUGAAAGUUCAAAGAGAGUGUCGGAAACCCUGCAGGAGAUCUACAGCAGCGACUGGGAUGGUCAAGAGGAGCUUAAGGCCAUCAUAGGGAAUAAUGAUCUCCUUUGGGAAGACUAUGAAGAAAAAUUGGCUGACCAGGCUGUGAGAACCAUGGAAAAUUACAUAGCCCAGUUCAGUGACAUUAAGGAGAGAAUUGCCAAGCGGGGUAGAAAACUCGUGGACUAUGACAGUGCCCGGCACCACCUGGAGGCUGUGCAGAAUGCCAAGAAGAAAGAUGAGGCCAAGACAGCCAAGGCUGAGGAAGAAUUCAAUAAAGCCCAGGUUGUCUUUGAAGACCUGAACCAGGAACUAUUGGAGGAGCUGCCUAUUCUUUACAACAGUCGUAUUGGCUGUUACGUGACCAUCUUCCAAAACAUUUCCAACCUGAGGGAUGUUUUCUACAGAGAGAUGAGCAAGCUGAACCACAACUUGUAUGAGGUGAUGAGCAACCUGGAGAAGCAGCAUUCCAACAAAGUCUUUGUGGUGAAGGGACUAUCAAGCAACAGCAGACGCUCUUUAGUCAUCUCAGCUCCAGUUCGAACAUCUACAGCCUCCUCACCUACAAGUCCCUCUGUCACCUCACCUACUAGUUCCUCUGCACUUUCCUUGAAGAGUGAGGGGGAGUCUGGCUCAGCAGCUGAAGAAGACCUGGCACUUGAUCCAACCCAGGGAGAAGACACCCCUGAGAUCAAAGGAGAACCCUUAAAAGAUGAAGAAACAGAGGAACAAGAACCCAGCACCAGGGUCUCUGAGGAAGCAGAGCCUCUGCCAACCUGCAAUGGCCCAACCCAAACCCAGCCCUCUCCCACCAUUGAGGGUGAUGAGCUCCAGGAAGAAGUUUUCUCUUGCUCCCCAGCUCCAUCACCAGGCAGAGCCCUGAACCCUUCAGAGCAAACUUCAUCAUCUCUUCCAGAAGUAGUCCUCCGAACCCGCACCACAAGUGAAGGAUCUGAGCAACAAAAGAAAAGAGCCUCUCUCUCCAGGACCUCAGCACCCCCCAGUAGACCUCCUCCACCCAGAGCCAGUUCCAGGCUCUCCUCAGGGAACAUUCCUUCCAGCCCUCCAGCUUCUGAAGCAGAGUCACCCACCAGCCCCAGGGCCUUCUUAGGGGCUGAGACUCCUAGUCCUAGGGCCUCCAUACAGGCAUCUCCUGAUCCAGAGCCACCAGAGAAGCCAGAAAGAACUUCUGAGUUCAGAGAAAAGGAAACCACACACAAUCUGAACCUAGAAGAAGUUUGUUCUUCCCCAGCCUCCAUGAGCUCUCAGGUUUUUUCAGAGCCUAGUGAACCAAAGAAGAUUGAAGACAAGAAAGAAAACAACGAGCUUGCCUCUGCUGACUCCCCUGAGGACCAAGACCUUCAGCUUCAAGACUCUGGAGAGAGCAGCAUCCCAGAAUCUGAACCUCCAGAAGAGGGUCGUCAGCUUCUCCUGGCCUCAGCAAAUCUCUGGAUCCCGCCCCCGUGGAGUUCAAAAGCAAGCGCACAGCGGCGCCUGGGCCGUCCGACUGGAAAGGUGAGCACGCGGAGGAGGGCACCUGGUGAGGGAGGGAGGGCCAGGCGAGCCGGGACACCCGCAUUCACACUCCUCGUCACUUCGGCCACGCCAGGAACUGAAACCGAGAGUGGCCAGAGUCCCGCGCGCACCGGCUUCCCCUCCAAGCGCAGCGAGCUCGUCUGCUGCUGCUGCGGCUGCGGGUAA